AUAAUGAAAAUUUGUAAAAUUUAUUCAUUUAUAUUUAUAAUAAUUUCAAUCUUAUUUUUUUCUUUAARAAUUAAUUUUAUAAUUAAAGAUUAUAAAAUAAUUAUUGAAUAUUCAUUAAUUAAAUUAAAUAGAAGAAUUAUUAGAAUAAUUAUUUUAUUAGAUUGAAUAAAUUUAUUAUUUAUAAGAUUUGUUUUAUUUAUUUCUUCAAUAGUAAUUUAUUAUAGAGAGGAAUAUAUGAUAGGAGAUUUAAAUUUGAAUCGAUUUAUUUUAUUAGUAGUAAUAUUUGUAUUAUCAAUAAUAUUAAUAAUUAUUAGUCCUAAUUUAAUUUCUAUUCUUUUAGGGUGAGAUGGGUUAGGUUCAGUAUCAUAUUGUUUAGUAAUUUAUUAUCAAAAUAUUAAAAGAUAUAAKGCAGGCAUAUUAACGGCACUAUCAAAUCGGAUUGGUGAUGUAGCUUUAUUAUUAUCAAUUGCUUGAAUAUUAAAUUUUGGUAGUUGAAGGUUUAUUUAUUAUUUAGAUUUUUUGAAAACUGAUAAGAUUAUAGAGUUAAUUUCUUUAAUAGUAAUUUUAGCAGCAAUAACUAAAAGAGCUCAAAUUCCUUUUUCUUCAUGAUUACCUGCAGCUAUAACUGCUCCUACUCCUGUAUCUGCUUUAGUUCAUUCUUCAACUUUAGUUACUGCUGGUGUUUACUUAUUAAUUCGGUUUAAUUUUGUUUUUAGAGAAUCUUUAGAAAUAUUAUUUUUAUUAAUUGUAAGUUUAACCAUGUUUAUAUCAGGAUUAGGGGCUAAUUUUGAAUUUGAUUUAAAAAAAAUCAUUGCACUUUCAACUUUAAGUCAAUUGGGUUUAAUAAUAAGGAUUUUAGCUUUAGGGAGUUAUGAAUUAGCUUUUUUUCAUUUAUUAACACAUACUUUAUUUAAAACAUUACUAUUUAUAUGUGCAGGUUCAAUUAUUCAUUCAAUAAAUAAUUGUCAAGAUAUUCGUUAUAUAGGAAAUUUAAUUAAUCAGAUGCCGUUAGUAUGUUCUUUUUUUAAUAUUUGUAAUUUUUCUUUGUGUGGAUUACCAUUUUUAUCUGGUUUUUAUUCUAAAGAUUUAAUUGUUGAGGUUAUAUCAAUGAAUUUAUUAAAUUUAAUAAUUUAUUUAUAUUUUUAUAUUUCUGUUGGAUUAACAGUAUGUUAUAGAUUUCGUUUAUCAUAUUAUAGAUUAACAGGAAGAUUUAAUUAUUUAAGAUUGCAUUGUUUGAUAGAAAAACAAAGUUAUAUGUUAAAAGGUAUAUUAGGAUUAAUUGUUAGAGUAAUUUUUAGUGGUAGAAUAUUAAUAUGAUUAAUUUUUCCUUCACCACAUUUUAUUUGUUUACCAAUUAUUUUAAAAAUAAUAACUUUAAUUAUAAUUAUUUUAGGAAUCUAUAUUGGAUAUGAAUUAGCUAAAUUUAAAUUAAGUUUUAAUUUAAAGUCUCUAGAUUAUUUAACAUUAAGGAGAUUUUUAGCUAUAAUAUGAAAUAUACCAAUAAUUUCAACUUUAGGUAUUAAUUAUUAUCCUAUUUAUUAUGGAAAUAAAUAUUUUAAAAAAUUUGAUCAAGGUUGAAUUGAGUAUUAUGGUGGACAAAAUUUAGGAAUUAAAUUUCAAUUAUUUGCAAAAGUUGUACAGUUAUUAUCAAUAAAUCAUUUAAAAAAUUUUUUUAUAUUAAUAAUUUUUUGAUUAAUAUUUGUAAUUAUUUUAU